AGUGUGUCGUUUUUAUUUUUUUAAUAAUGGUACCGGAAGCCCGAUGUUUUUUUUUGUUUUUUGUUUUUUAGCGAAAAUACAAGUAGCAACAGUUAAGGAGAUUCGCUUUCAUUUUCCAGUGAGCUAACAUGUGAGCACUUCAAUGGAACAGCUAGGCUGACGUACAAACUAAAAUCGAGCAUGUCCUCUGCCAAUCACUGUCAGCACUCUUAGCCUCAGAAUCAACAGACACAACAGACAGGUUUGUACAACAUGUCAGCGUGCAGGAGGAUGUUUUACUUGGUAAAGCACAGGAGCCUGUUGACGUAUGUACGGAGAAAUCUCACUACAUGGUCUCCCGUUGGAGCUGCUUUCAAUGCCAGACCUCACAGGAAACUGGACCUGUUACAGAAAAAUGUGGGUUUGUUUGGAGUGCCAGAGCUGAGCUGUCCUGCAGGCUUUCAGGUGGCCACAGAGACAGCUCUGAAGAACACGGAGCGUCUGGUGGAGAAAGCCUGUUCUUCUUCUCCUGGAGUUCAGACAGUCCAGUGCUUUGACCAGCUCUCAGAUGAACUGUGUAAAGUGGCCGAUCUGGCAGACUUUAUAAAAGUAGCUCACCCCGAUCCAGCUUUCCGCGAGGCUGCUGAGAAGACGUGUAUCGAGAUCGGCACAGUCGUGGAGAAACUGAACACUAAUGUUGAGUUAUGCAAGAGCCUGAAGAAUUUGCUGGACAACCCGGACAUCGAGGCUCAGCUGGAUCCUGAUACAAGGCGAGUGGCAGACCUGUUCAUGUUCGACUUUGAAAUCAGUGGAAUUCAUCUAGAUGACGCACUGAGGAAAGAGGCGGUUGCUCUUCAUGUGAAGUUGCUGGAUCUAAACAACGAGUUCCUGGUCGGCUCCCACAUGCCGAACAGGAUCGCCAGGUCUGCGAUUCCCGAGCACCUACAUCUGAACUUUGCAACAGAAGGAAGCUUCAUUCAAAUCGGGGGACUGCAUGCAGAUUCCCCCAAUGACUUGGUGCGAGAAAUCGCCUACAGGAUUUAUCUCUAUCCCAACGCAGAGCUGAUGGGGUGUUUGGAAGAGCUGCUGAAAUGCAGAUACAAACUGGCCACACUGGUGGGCUACGAGUCCUUCGGACACAGAGCCCUAAAGGGGACAAUGGCCAAAACCCCAGAGACAGUGAUGAGCUUUCUUCAGCUGUUAACAGACAAGCUGUCAGACAGAACAGCAAAAGACUUUAAGAUGAUGAGAGACAUGAAGAAGAAACUCAGCCCUCGACAUUCUGAGCUCAUGCCCUGGGAUCAUCCAUACCUCAGCGGUGUCUUGCGUGCUGAAAGGUACAACAUAGAGCCCAGUCUGUACAGUCCCUACUUGUCUCUUGGUUCCUGUAUGGAGGGUUUGAACAAUCUCUUCUCUCAGCUGUACGGCGUCUCCCUCAUGUCUGAACAACCCAGAGCUGGAGAGGUCUGGAGCGAGGACGUCCGCAAACUGGCUGUGGUCCAUGAGACGGAGGGAUUGCUGGGAUACAUCUACUGUGACUUUUUCCACCGGCAAGAUAAACCUCAUCAGGACUGUCACUUCACCAUCCGCGGUGGGCGCCAGUGCCAGGAAACUGGUCAGUACCAGUUGCCAGUCGUGGUGCUGAUGCUGAGUCUGCCUCACCCUACCAAGGGCGCCCCCACCUUGCUCACUCCCGGCAUGAUGGAGAACCUUUUCCACGAGAUGGGCCACGCUAUGCACUCAAUGCUGGGACGCACUCGCUACCAGCACGUGACAGGAACCAGAUGUGCAACUGAUUUUGCUGAAGUCCCCUCCAUCCUCAUGGAAUACUUUGCCACCGACUACCGAGUCAUCAGCCAGUUUGCACGACACUAUGAAACUGGACAGCCGCUACCCGAGAGUAUGGUGGCUCGCUUGUGUGAGUCCAAAAAGGUGUGUGGAGCUGCAGACACCCAGUUGCAGAUUUUCUAUGCAGUCUUGGAUCAGAUCUACCACAGCGAACCACAGAACCGCUCUACCACAGAAAUCCUGAAGGACAUGCAGCAGAAAUUCUACGGCUUGCCUUAUGCGCCCAACACGGCAUGGCAGCUGAGAUUCAGCCACCUGAUUGGGUACGGGGCCAAGUACUACUCCUACCUCAUGUCACGUGCGGUGGCCUCGAUGGUGUGGAAACAAUGCUUCAUAGAGGAUCCUUUAAACAGGGAAAUGGGUGAGCGGUACCGACGGGAGAUGUUGGCCCACGGAGGAGCUAAGGAGCCCAUGCUGAUGGUGGAGGUUUGAGGUUUCGCCACAGUUCAUCUCCAGGUUUCCUCCCAGAUUAUGGAGUUGUCAGUCCAUUGGCGUCUUGCCCCAUGAAUUUUUUUUAAUAAAAAGGGUGUGUCUAAUUACUGCAGGUUGUGCCGCAAAAUUUGUUUUGACUUGCUGGACAGCCGAGAGUGUGACUCCUGCUUGGAUUUGUUGUUUUUCUUUUCUCAUAUGAAGCAGAAAAGGCGUCCUCACUUAAAAGAAAGAUGGAAGCUGCUGAUCCAGCUGCUGUUGUUUCAGGUGGUCACAGCUACCACUGUUAUGGUUUGUUGCACUCUGCGCUUUAGAUUCCACCGUGGUACAUGCUUACUAACACACCUCCCAAGGUCUCUUAUCUUUGUUUACAGGAGCUUUGUCAGCCCAAAGCCUGUCCUGCUCUCGGCGAGCUCACUCUGCGGCAGUUACACAGUGCCCCUUGCUAGUCCAGCCCUUAUUUGAUCUGCUUUUAAAGGUUAACUAAAGAAGAUAAUUAAAAAGAUAACGAUAUGGCUCCUAGUGCUUUUUGUGUACACAGGCGAUCAUGAAGGAGGGAAAGACCGAAAUGUUUGAUUAUAGGUUUGAGUGCUUAACGCUGCUGACUCUGCAGGGCUGAAAACACAGACUUUUUUGUUUCAGAUCAAACAAACUCAAAUAUUCCAGUAACUAUUCAAUAGAUUCAUCGUUCUCAGUAAAUCUUCAGGAUUUCUGUGACUCAAUUUUCUUGUUGUAACACCAUGACAUUCACAUUCCUUUUGUUUGAUUAUUGGCACCAAAUGGAUCAAUUUAUGACGAAUGUGUCACAGCAAACGUAAUCAUUUUGGUGAUCUGGUUACUUUUAUCCAAUCCCCACAUAAGGUCAAAUGUCAGCGGCCUCUCACAGUGGUACAUGGGACUCCUGUUACGUUGCGAGUGCACCAACUAAACUGGCAGUGUCUUUGCUUACGGUUUUUACUGCUGAUGUAUCCGUAUGGAUGUGGUUGAAAUUGCAGCAGCGUAUUAUGUGACCAACGCAGCAUUAACAGGAAUGGCUACUCAACCGUUGGGUCUCCAGCUAUCUGUGUCCCUGUCGCAGCGUACAGUAAGGCCUUACCAAGCUGCAUUUAUGGGUGAAACCCACAGACACUCAUAUUCUGAUUAAUGCCAAGUAACGUGUUAAUAAAACUAGAAUUUCACUCACCAAAACUGAAGCACACACUUGUGGGAUGGUGUGUACCACAGAGCAAGUCAUUAUAUUAGUCAGAUAACCUAUUAAAAUGAUCCCAACAGCACCAGUAGCACACACAUACAGCAGAGAGGUCCUUUAUAAAUGGAUGAUGCUAGCAGACAGGACCUCUAAAUCAGCGUGGUCACGCCCCUAACUGAUUUAUUCAAGCAAAUAUUUAAAAUUUAAAAAAUCAUCCCACGCGGAAUUGCUACGGAAAUUAUCCAUAGAGGCAAAAACAUUUUUAUACCAGUCUUUAAAUAUGCUUUUCAAGACUGGUGAAAUAAGUUUAAUUUAAUACGGGAGUCUGUGGGAAGGAGCCUACGUUUGGAUGCUGCCUCAAGUGGCACCUAGAGGAACUGCAGUUUUCGCCAUUGUUGCAUUGACUUCAUUUUUAAUCUCAGGAGGUUACUCCUUGGAACAUAAGUGUCUUUGAGAGUAUAGCCGGACACAAG